AUGAUCUCCCCAAGGCAGGACCCUCUUUUGUCUCACACCCAUUUCUCAACCAUGCUUAAGCUCCUCAACAAGAACAUUCGCCGCCUCCUCCGCCGUCUCCGGUGGCCAAUUCGCCGCCGCGCGAAGCCCAAAGUAGUAGUCAUCAACAAGCUCGGGAAGAGCGCUCCAAAGACCCAAACCGAGCCAAGCCCGACCCUUUCCGCGACGGUUCAUCCGAACGCGCCAUUGGGUACUCCUAAACCAAUCCGGGUGGCGACGUUCAACGCCGCGCUGUUCUCCAUGGCCCCGGCGCUCCCGAAAGCCGCAGGCGAGUUGGGGGAGCAAACCGGCGUCGCCUCGAAGUCGAAUUCGCGGCCCAGAAGCAUACUGAAGCAGUCGCAAUCAGUCAAAAACAGAGUGGAGGAGAACGUUGGUUGCAGACCGAAGAUGCGGGUUUCCAUAAAUUUACCAGACAACGAGAUUUCGCUGCUGCGAAGCCGACAGUCGAGCUUCUCGGAACACGACAAGGAGGGGUGGAAGGCGUGUUCGUGGGGGGGAGGUGGGACCCACGUGAGUAACAGAACGGUGGUUGAGGUUCUGAAGGAAGUGGGCGCAGAUGUUUUGGGUCUGCAAGAUGUGAAGGCUGAGGAAGAGAAUGGGAUGAAGCCUUUGUCGGAUUUGGCUGCGGCGCUGGGAAUGAACUACGUCUUCGCUGAAAGCUGGGCACCUGAGUACGGCAACGCUGUCUUGUCCAAAUGGCCCAUCAAACGCUGCGUCUCUCACCAAAUCUUUGAUCACACUGAUUUCAGGAAUGUUCUUAAGGCCACUAUCGAUGUGCCCCAAGUAGGUGAACUGAACUUCUACUGUACCCAUCUUGAUCAUCUUGAUGAGAAUUGGCGAAUGAAGCAGGUAAAUGCAAUAAUCCAAUCUAGUGAUGAGCCUCACAUCUUAGCUGGAGGCCUUAAUUCACUAGAUGAAUCUGAUUACUCCCAAGAAAGGUGGACAGAUAUUGUGAAGUACUAUGAGGAGAUGGGAAAGCCAACACCGAAGGUUGAAGUGAUGAAAUAUCUAAAGAGUAAAGACUACACUGAUGCUAAGGAUUAUGCAGGGGAAUGCGAGUCAGUUGUCAUGAUUGCCAAGGGCCAAAGUGUUCAAGGGACAUGUAAAUACGGAACUAGGGUAGAUUACAUAUUAUCAUCAUCAUCAUCAUCAUCAAAUUCUCCUUACAAGUUUGUUCCUGAUUCUUAUUUAGUCCUUUCUUCCAAAGGGACUUCAGAUCAUCACAUAGUGAAAGUUGACGUGGUGAAGGCAAAUGACAGCCCUGAAGAAAAUGCGACAAAGAAUACGCAACAACCAAGACAGAGAGUUGUAAAAAUUACACAUUCCACUCCCUCAAAAGGUAUCUGGAAAACACACACUUGA